UCUUGACCGACACGUUUGUUUUCCCGGGGAAAGAGAGAAAACAAACAAACUCACGGACAGAGCCCGACCUGAGAACGACUCAAAGGUUUCCUUCUCCUCUUGGAUACUUGAACCCAGAAAUCAGGGGGUUUUUUGGAGAACAUUUCUAUAUAUUUGUUUUCCUUAUUAUUAUUAUUGUUUAUUUUGUAUUCUUAUCGUCGUCCCCACUCCACACCACCCCCGGAUUUAAACUUGGCCCCGUCCCCUGCACAGCGGGUGUACGGUUAAAGUUGGCCCAAGAUGCGGUGCCUUCUCCCGCUCACUGUGUAUUGCAUCAGCCUGGUUUCCCUCCGGCAGCUGCAGGCUGCACCGGUGGAGGAGCGUCCCGACAGCGGCUCCAGGUCAGACCUCCUCAGCAAACUCAUCGGCCCGAGGGAGGAUAAAGCCUUGGCGUCAGGAAACCAGCCAAACACCGCCAUGCCUUCUUCAGCCCCCAGCCAAUCCCCAAAAUGGCUGCCUGGUUUCCUCAGGCACCCACCGGCUUCAGGAGCGAGAAUAGGCUCGCCAAACCUGGCAUGGCUUUCCCAAGCUUUGCAGUUCAAGACGAGGGCACUGAGAGUUCGCCGCCACGCCCACUCGGGUUUGCGAGGGGGUCACCACUACCCUCAGAAUGCCAAGCUGAUGAGAGUGGGCUGCGUCCUGGGAACCUGCCAAGUGCAGAACCUUAGCCACCGGCUCUAUCAGCUCAUUGGUCAGAGUGGCAGAGAAGACUCGUCCCCCAUUAAUCCCAGAAGCCCUCAUAGUUAUGGAUGAGUUAGACACCUCCAAACACCCACAGCAAGUCUAUCUAUAUCUCCAUUUAUUUAUCUCUUAAUGUAUUACUGGUAGUCUUUUGCAUUAACGUUUGAUGUAGUCCUUAACUUGUGUUUAUCCAUCUCAUAAAAUGAGAAUUAUACUGCCAAAUGACUGAAUGUCGUGCCUCGCUACUUUUUGUGCUGACUAAUGGAUUUGAAGAUUCAAAUUCAAGAUCAUAGCUGUCUGAAUCCUUAUCCGAACCCCCUAAUUUGAGGUCUCCCGCCAUCCUGGGAACAUUUGAAAGACACUGAAGUUCUUUCGAUCCUCCCGCCUGAAUGCUCAAAAGAAACCAAGAGGCCUCCGUUUGGUGUCUUAAUCCUGUUAAUGUAAGAAUGAAGGCUUGUCUUCAACACCAUCCAGUGGCUCGGCCCUGUCUGCCAACUGACCUCCCCAGUGGUGGUUAUCCCUUGGCCCAUUGAUCAAACACUUAAGCCCCUAAUGUGGAUUUCAACCUGCACUCUGAGCUGGAGCCCUGUCCAAACCAAUGUAUUCCCAAAGACCUGGUAAUUUGACCCAUUGAACUCUUUUACCUCCUUUUUUGGUCAAUUUUAGAAACUUAUUUCACUCAUUUCAACACUGCACAUGUAAUUGAAUAGGAACACUGACAUCCCUGGAACAGUCGGAAAGCUUUCAGCUGAACUGGGAAUUCAUCGCUCAGCAAGACUGUGUGUUUCACAACCAGGGUUUACAUUUGAAACCAGCCACAGCACUUCAGUUAUACCCAAGUUUGGAGCGCUCUGAGUCAGGUCUCAACCGCAUAAAAUCCAUGUUGACAACGAUAAAGAAGAAGGUUCAGAAGCCACUGCUUUGGGAGGAAUGUCAGCGCCCAAAGGAUCAGUUUCUUUGUUGCAUUAUAGUGGCUGGUUAGCUGACGCAGUAGUGAAGCCUGGAGCCAUGGAUCAGCACUCAGUUAUACCACUGCUGGCAUUUUCUCUGUCAGAGGCCAAGUCUGAAAUAUUAGCCCCUUCACGUGAUUCACAAGUUCCCCCUCCAAGUCAGGCCUUUGGGUUGACAGGAGUUUAAUAUACUUGGCUUAAUCACUUCAGUCAUAUAUACCGACACAGCAGGGGAGGGGGGGGCCCUAAGUCUCCAGUGGUCUGCACACUCAACACUUACACAUAAAUAUAAAGAGUAAAGCAUUUGGCCUCCACACAUAUUUGCACAUGCAGCCUUAAAGGGUCGUUUCAAUUUGUUUUUUUUAAAGUAAUGUGAGUUCUUAGUGUAGGUCAAGUAAAAUUCAGACUAACUUUGUAUAGACAAUGUAUUUUAAUGAGGUUGAAGAAGCCCUUGAAAUGGCUAUGUGCCAAAACAUAAAAGAAUCCACUUACUUUUCAUAAACAUACACUGAGCUGACUUUUUACAACAAGGGACCAAUUAAGCACAGUGGACUGAGGGAAUAGAGCAAUACUUUCAAGUACAUCCCAUAGUGUUCUUACAAGUUAGUACAUUUUUCCUUCUAUGCUCGAGUGUUCAAAUGGAUGAUGUUAGCCCAUGAGAUAUUUUGGGGCAUCAUUUACUAGGAAUUAGAAAAACCUAAAAUCCUAAAAUGAGGUUCUAAAACAGACAAGUCCACCAAUAUGGUAUAUGGCAGACGAAAGUGAUUUUUUUCCCCCGGAACAUAUGACAAAAGGUCAAUUGUUCCUUAUGUUUCCUCUUGGCAAAACCUGACAGCACUUUGCACCAAUUUACAAAAUUUUGUUGGCAGCACCAGGCACCCUUAAAGUCCUACUGUUACAAUGCAGGUUUCUAAUGAGAGACCACAAUGACCAAAAUGCUAGGUGCACGUGAGCCCGAUUUCAAAUAAGUACACAAAAUAGCGUAGCACCAUCACAAAUGCACGCCCUGACAUUUUCUUGUUCUUUAAUUAUGUCCAUCUUUAGAACGGUGGACAGAUGAUGGACUGAGACUAAACAAGGUCAAGCUCUCCUCAAAGUGCAUGCUCAAAUUUGAAAAAAAAGUCAAAGUUCCCCCCAAAAAUGCAACCAAAGCUAUAAAAACCCUUAUAUUACAUAUUACUUACAUUAUUACAAGCAUCUGUUCCAUGAGUUUACUUUAUUAUAGUCAAGUCUUAACUUAGAGAGAGCUGUUGAAUAUUUCAUAUUUCAGUAGAAAAGCAGUGGAUAUACGUGCACACUUAUCUAGUUGUUUGAUCAUAGAAACUUUUGAGCUUUUGUUAGAACAUAACAUUUCUGUAUUCUUGAGACCAUUAGUUAAAACUCACCAAAUACCUGGCAAUACUUGACGUCAUAUAUUAAUGUGUCUUUUACAUCUUAAUCUGUGUUUCUUCUGAUUUUUGUUUUCUUUGAUAUUUUCCCUAUUUCCCUUAAUCAAAAGCUUCUUUAUAUUAAGUCUCUCAGCCCUGUCCUGCCUCUCUUUCCCUCUUAUAUCUGUAAUCAUUGAAGCCUGGAGGUCACAGGGUAAUCAUCAUUGGUUCCUAAAUCUAAUCUGUUCAUAGGCUUGCUGAGGUGAAACAUGCCAUCCUCUUAGCUGUAAUGGAGCUAAUCAUUAUCUCGUGACAAAUCAUUAAAAGGCUUUUCAAACGCUGAAAAACCCCUGGUGGAUCUCUCUUCUUUUUGAACUGUAUUGUUUCACAUGUCUGUAUGUGUUUGAGCUGAGGUAUGCAUCCUAUCAGGACACUUAUCUCCUGUGUUUGAUCUGUGCCCUGGACCAUUGUGCCACCAGACUCUUUUUUUCCCUCCCCGCAGUAUGUUUUUAUGACAUCUGGCAUUGCGUCAUGUCUAGUUGUAUGAGCAAACUGUGCACGACCGCUAAUACCUCCCCAUAGAAAUGUGUACAGAUUUCAUAGCUCAGUAUUGCAAAGACGUACAGUAGAAAUGACGGCAGUGUCAGCAUGUAACACAUGUUUCUGUUAGAGUUGUACAAUAUAGGAAGACCUCAGUGGAUCUACUUUUUCCUUUUUGUUGCCUUUUGAAAGUCACAUGAUCUGCUUUUGAGUCACAGGAAAGCACUUUAAUGCAUCAAUGUGUUCACAGAUAGUUUCCCACAGCUUGAAUUUCACUGUGAAAGUUGGUUCCUAUUGUAAAUGUUGCAUUUGAGAUGUGUUUGAAUAUGUCAGUGCACUUAAUGUGUCAUCACGGUGACUGUGAAGGGUGACUGUCAUGUGAACCUGUGAAUGUUUGUUUGUAUCUAUAUAUGUAUACAUAUAUAUACCUAUAUAUUUAUAUAUGUGUGUGUAUAUAUAUAUAUAUAUUCAGCCAAUUAUUUAAAGUUAUGUAUUUAAGUUAUCUUUUUAAGUUAAUAUCUGUAUGUCACCAAAGACUAUUUGUCUCUUAUUUUCCACUGCUCCUUAAACAUGACCUUAUGGUAGGAGAGGAAGUCUUAACUGUAGUUAAAAUGUUACUGUUUGACGAUGUCUUCACUCUGUAAAAUAAAGACCUAUACUGUAGUGUGAUGGAGUAUAGACUGUGAUUUAAGAGUAUGUGUGUGUGCAUGCACUUGUUAAGGAAAUAAAGAUAUAUAACCAUAAAAGGCUUAAAAACUCAAA